AUGUCUACCACAAUGCGGUCUGCCAUGGCCCUUAGGGGCGUCUAUUCACGGGGAUCUAUGCUUCAAAGGAGGGCCUUUGCGAGCAAGGCAUCUAAGCCGAGUGUAACUUCCCAAUUCUACCGCAGCUUCACACGGCCAAUCGCAAAGACACUACUGCUCGCCGUGUUCACUUACCAGCUCGUGUACUGGGCGUGGGUGAAGCUCGAGACGGAUGAGGCCCGCGCUGAGCGAGACGCGACAAUUGCUCAACUCGAGACAACAAUCAAGGAACAUGACGCUGCAACAAAGGCCAAGGAGGGAAAGGCAUAA